CAUGUCAGAUGCCCUUGUGUGUUAGCAGUCUCUAGCUCGCUCAUCAUGCGUGAAAUUGUACAUCUACAGAUUGGACAGUGUGGAAAUCAGAUAGGCUCUAAGUUUUGGGAGGUGAUCAGCGAGGAGCAUGGAAUCAGUGCUACAGGAAUGUAUGAGGGGGGUGAUCCUCUUCAGCUGGAGAGGCUCAACGUCUACUUCAACGAGGCAAAUGGUGGUAAAUAUGUUCCCCGGGGCCUGCUCCUUGACCUAGAACCAGGGACCAUGGACAGUGUCAGGGGUAGCCGCAUAGGAGCUCUCUUCAGGCCAGAUAACUUUAUACAUGGAAACUCUGGUGCUGGGAACAACUGGGCCAAGGGCCACUAUACAGAGGGGGCAGAGCUUGUGGACACCGUGAUUGACAGGGUGCGUCAGGAGAGCGAGGGAUGCGACUGCCUUCAGGGCUUCCAGUUCGUCCACUCCCUAGGUGGCGGGACAGGGUCCGGCAUGGGCACCCUCAUCAUCAACAAGAUCCGUGAGGAGUACCCCGAUCGCAUCAUGACCAGCUUCAGUGUCCUGCCCUCGCCCAAGGUGUCAGACGUCGUGGUGGAGCCCUACAAUGCCACGCUGUCCAUCCACCAGCUCCUAGAGAACACGGAUGAGACCUUCUGCAUCGACAACGAGGCUCUCUAUGACAUCUGCUUCCGUACGUUGAAGCUCACCAACCCGACCUACGGUGACCUGAACCACCUGGUGUGCAUGACCAUGAGCGGAGUCACGACCUCCCUGAGGUUCCCAGGCCAGCUCAACGCCGAUCUGAGGAAGUUAGCUGUCAACAUGGUGCCCUUUCCUCGCCUCCACUUCUUCAUGUCGGGCUUUGCACCUCUCACAGCUCGCGGCAGCCAGAAGUACCGCACCCUCUCCGUGCCCGAGCUCACCCAGCAGAUGUUUGAUGCCCGUAAUAUGAUGACCGCCUGCGAUCCCCGAAGAGGGCGCUAUCUGACUGUGGCUGGGAUGUUCCGUGGCAAGAUGUCCACCAAGGAAGUGGACGAGCAGAUGCUGAUGAUGCAACAGAGGAACAGCAACUAUUUUGUGGACUGGAUCCCUCACAACUGUAAAGUAUCCGUAUGUGACAUCCCACCUCGGGGGCUCACAAUGGCUUCCACCUUCAUUGGCAACAACACGGCCAUUCAGGAGAUCUUCCGUCGCGUAGGAGACCAGUUCUCACUCAUGUUCAGGCGCAAGGCCUUCCUGCACUGGUACACUGGCGAGGGCAUGGACGAGAUGGAGUUCACAGAGGCAGAGAACAAUCUGAAUGACCUGGUGUCCGAGUACCAGCAGUACCAGGAUGCCAAGGCUGACGAGGAGGGUUGGGGGCCCGAGGAGGUGGCUGAGAAAGAGUCGGCUUCACCGGCUGCAACGAGAGUUCAGAGUACGGAAGUUACGCCGAUGGAGACUUUGACAGAGACUAUUGAAACCAUUGAGACUAUAGCUGAGUAGAUGUGGCAUCAUAUGUUGUGUGGAAUAAUCAUAUUGUCACUGCCUUCUCGGUUCUGAGCAACAAGGCUGUGUCUGGAAGCUUCAACAAGAGUUGUUCCUGAUAGUUUAUAACAAGGGCCCAGGGUUUUUCCAGGUCAGGUCAGGGAAAACUUCUGGCCCUACUCUAGUAUUUGAGUCAUAGUGUCCAAAGGAGAUAUCAGGAUAAUUGGCUGUUUAAUGAAAUGUACAGUGUGGUAAUAGAGAGCGGUAAUUCAGUGUAAAUUGUCUACAUUGGUAUACUGAUGUAGGCCUAUUUGAUGUGUUUUAGGAAACUGAAUAGAUCAGGAAAGAAUCUGUCGGACAAAUAUAGAUAACAAAUUAUGUCAAUGUUGUAAUGUAGACUUCCAGAUUUCCCAAACUUGUUUGAGAUCAUAUGCAAAUUUUUAAAAGCUGUAUUUAAAAGGGGAGUAUAAUGUUCCAUUUGUUAAUUAUUUUGUGCCUCAGCAAUUUUAGCAAUGUAUUCAGUGUGAUAUUGUGAACCAUUUGUAUUAUAUUAUUAAAAUUCUCCAAUAUAACAA